AGCUGACCCGGCGUGGCCGGUGACGUGAAGGCCCAGGCGGAAGUGCGGGCGGAGGAGCCGGAGCCGGAGCCCGAGCCUGAGCCUGAGCCCCAAGCCGGGAGCAGGUCUCGGGGGCUCCGGGCCGUGGGGACUGCCGGGCCUGGCAGCGAUGGCGACCCUGUGGGGAGGCCUCGUUCGUCUGGGCUCCAUGCUCAGCUUGUCCUGCCUGGCGCUCUCGGUGCUGCUGCUCGUGCAGCUGUCAGACGCCGCCAAGAAUUUCGAAGAUGUCCGAUGUAAAUGUAUCUGUCCUCCCUAUAAAGAUAAUUCUGGACAUAUUUAUAAUAAGAACAUAUCCCAAAAAGAUUGCGAUUGCCUUCAUGUUGUGGAUCCCAUGCCUGUGCGGGGGCCUGACGUAGAGGCAUACUGUCUACGCUGUGAAUGCAAAUAUGAGGAAAGAAGUUCUGUUACAAUCAAGGUUACUAUUAUAAUUUAUCUCUCCAUUUUGGGCCUUCUACUUCUGUACAUGGUGUAUCUUACUCUGGUGGAGCCCAUACUGAAGAGACGCCUGUUUGGACACUCACAAUUGAUACAGAGCGAUGACGAUGUUGGGGAUCACCAGCCUUUUGCAAAUGCCCAUGAUGUGCUGGCUCGUUCCCGCAGUCGAGCCAAUGUGCUAAAUAAGGUAGAGUACGCCCAGCAGCGCUGGAAGCUUCAAGUUCAAGAGCAGCGAAAAUCCGUCUUUGACCGUCAUGUCGUCCUCAGCUAAUUGGGAAUCAAAUUCAAGGUGACUAGAAGGAAACGAGGCAGAUGGAAAAAAAUUGACUGAGUUUUCCUGGGUUUUGUUUUAAUACCUUCUUGAUUUCACCAACUCCUGCUGGAAAAUUCAAAACUAGAAACAAAAACGUGCUUGGCAUUUUCUUUUCUUGUUAAUGUAUUAAUAGAGACGUUUUUAAAAGCACACACCUCAAAGUCAGCCAAUAAAUCUUUUCCUGUUUGUGACUUUUACUAAUAAAAAUAAGUCUGCCUAAAUUAUCUUAAGUCCUUUACCUGGAACAAGUGCUCUCUUUUUUACCACACAGUUUUAACUUGGUUUUCAAGAUAAUUUUCAGGUGGGUUUUGUUUUGGUUUCUUUUUUGGCAGGGGGGAGAGGGAUGCGUGGGAAGUGCUGAACAUAACUUUUCUCAAGUCACUUUAGUAAACAGCUUUUGUAAAUAGACUUUACUUUCUAUUUUCAAGCUUCAUUUAUAUUUUGCAGCAUAGCCAGCCUCAUCAAAGCCCUGACUUACCCAUUUGAAUUUUGCACUGACUGUAUUGUCUAGGUAUCUGGUUGGCCUGUGGCUGCACUUCCUGGUAAACUGAAUCCGAAAUGCCUGGUGGCUCUUCACAAAAUGCAGAUUUUCUUCUUGUACUGUGAUGUCUGAUGCAAUGCAUCCUAGGACAAACUGGCCAUUUGCUAGUUUACUCUAACGACUAAACAGUCUUGAUGUGUGUGGUCUUUCUCAUCUUCGUCUAGUAUCUUUAAGGACGAAUCUUAAGGACUUGGACAUUUGCAAUAAAGAAAUUUUCUUUUGAACCCAAGCCUCCCUGGAUUGAUGACAUACACAUAUUUGUCAGCAUUUCCGGUCAGGUUGAGAGGCAGCUGCUUGAGCUCUAGUGUGUGCAGCUUUGAACUAGGACUGGAGUUCUGGGUGCCUCCCUCUGAAAGGUAUAACAGUUAUUGGAUAACUGGCUUUUUUCUUCCUAUGUCCUCUUUGGAAUGUAACAAUAAAAAUAAUUUUGAAACACCUA